ACAUUUAAAAAUUCGAUAACAAAAUGACGUGGAGUAUCAGGUUAGAAGUUUGUUUUACCUCGUAUUUACAAAUAUUUUAAGAGAAAUAAAUAGUAAAUGCAUAUAAUAUAACAGCCAGCAUAAUAAGCUAACCAAAAUGAUUGAGAUAUCCGACACCCAGAAGAUCGGUGUUGGGCUCGCUGGAUUCGGAAUGACGUUCCUUUUCCUCGGUGUAUUAUUAUUGUUUGAUAAAGGCCUACUGGCCAUUGGUAAUAUUCUAUUCAUAAGUGGACUGGCAUGUGUGAUCGGGCUGCAAAGGACCUUCUUCUUUUUCUUUCAAAGGCACAAAAUAAAAGCAUCGGUCGCUUUUUUUGGGGGGAUUAUUGUUGUGCUCCUCGGUUGGCCCAUGUUUGGUAUGAUAGCUGAGAUCUAUGGGUUUCUAUUAUUAUUCAGGGGUUUCUUGCCAGCGGCCAUUAAUUUCCUGAGAAUGGUGCCAGUAUUAGGGUCUCUUCUUAACCUACCUAUAAUAAGAGGGAUCGUUGACAGGAUAGCUGGUGACACUGGCCGAAAUAUGGUAUGAUAAUGUUGCCAUACCAAAAGACUAUUAGUGUAUAUUUUAUCUGUGAAAGUGGAUGCGUGUUAAAUAUAUUUUUAAUUGUGUA